AAUCAACUGAAGUUGCCAGACCUUGGACGUGUGCGUGUGCCUUUAAUCCAUGUGAACCUCCCGAGUAUGUUUUUGAAAAGUUGGGAAGGGGUGGUUAAUUUCAGUAUAUUUGUUUAGUGGGGCUCUUGGUUUUUGAAGCUGGCGAUGUCUUGUAAAAAUGUAAUUUAAGCAUAGUUAUAAUCUACAAAUUAUUUUCAUACACUGAGGGAUUGUAUUCUUGCAGAAUGACAUCAUUAUUUGAUCAAUAUGAGCAAGCCUCUCAACGAUUCAGGGGGUCCGCUGCUUCCACAAUUCGACCAGAAAUGAGCACCACUGGCUUCAUCCACAUGAAGCUGGAGGAGGACCCGCCGAUAUUCAGCAAGCAGAAGGUGAACUUCACGCCGACGGACCGGGUAACCCACCUCCGGGCCUGCAGCGACCUGCUGGUUCUGACCAUGGCCAACAACCUGCUCCUGCGCAUCGACCUCCGCAACCCGGACAAGCCAGAAGAAAUCGACCUGAGCAAGCACGCGACCACCAGCCUGCGGCUGAGCAGCGUGUUCCUGGACCCCCUGGGGCAGCACUCGCUCCUCAGCUUCGCGGCCAAGACGCCCGACGCCGCGCCGGACCUGGUGUACCUGGCCAGGAGGUCCAGCAAGCUGAAGCAGCUUCAUAAGUUUAAAGGACAUGAAGUAACAGCUGUUGGUUGGAAUUAUCGUAAUGAAUCUGAUUCUACAACCGGACCAAUUCUACUAGGAACUUCAAAGGGGCUCAUUUUUGAAACUGAAAUUGUACCAGAAGGUGAUAGAAUAUUCCAGUCUGGUUUGGAACAGUACUUGAAGCAGGUGUUCGACAUCGGCAAGGGCAGCGUGACGCAGAUCACGGGCCUGGAGUUCCACCGGGUGCCCGGCAGCGACAAGUACUUUGUGCUGGUGACGACGCCCAGCCGGCUCUACCAGUUCAUUGGCUACGUCUCCAACUCCGAGGAGAAGCCCCUGCUCCAGCAGAUCUUCAACAGCUACCUCACGGUCCCAGAGAGUUUUCAGGAGAUCCCCAGCUCUUUGAAGUAUUCCAAGCUGCAGUUCCUGUACCAAAACUUGCGAGGCCUGCCCAAGAUGUUUGCCUGGCUGACAGAGCCAGGCAUUUUUUAUGGUCAGCUGGACCCCAGUGGCCAGGCGUCGGUGCUGACGAAAAGCGAGUUGCUGCAGUACCCUGCGCCGUCACCGGGCGCGCCUCUGUCCUUCGUCCUCACGGAGUUCCAUGCCUUGCUGCUGUACACCGACCACGUGAAGGGGGUCUCGCUGCUGAACGAGGAGCUUGUUUUCGAAGACUACUACAACGAGGCUUUCGGGAAGCUUGUUGACAUCACCAAGGACCCUAUAAGGGGCACCAUCUGGGUGUUUGCGGAGAAGGCAGUGUUCCGCUUCAAAGUGAUGCGGGAAGAGAGAAAUGUCUGGCAGAUAUAUAUGGAGAAGGGAGAGUUCGAUCUCGCUAAGAAGUACUGCGGUGACAACCCAGCACACUUGGACCAAGUGUUGGUGAAGCAAGCGGAGAUGUACUUCAACACUAAAAUGUACAAAAAGAGUGCUCUUCAUUACGCUGAAACCCAGUCGUCAUUUGAAGAGGUAGCGCUGAAAUUUUUGCAAGUUUCCGAGAUUGAUGCUCUGAAGACAUUCCUAAUAAAGAAGCUGGAAGGCUUGAGGCCCCAGGACAAGACGCAGAUAACGAUGAUCGUGAUGCUGGUCCUGGAGCUGACCUUGAACCAGCUCGGCUGCCUGCGGGACCAAGGCGAGGAAGGGUCCGCCCAGUACAGCCAGUUGCAGAAGGAGCUGGACUCGUUCCUCGCACGCCCGGAGGUGACGGAGUGCGUGAAGAACAACCACACCACGAUGUACGACCUGAUGGCCAGCCACGGCGACAAGCAGAACCUCGUCAAGCUCACCAUCAUCAACAAGGACUACGAGAGGGUCAUUCGUCAUCACAUCAACAAGAAUAACCAUUUGGAAGCGCUGGACGUGCUGAAGAGCCAGACGAGGAAGGAGCUGUUCUACCAGUUUGCCCCGGCGCUGAUGCAGGCCAACCCCAAGCAGACGGUGCAGGUUCUGAUCAGCCAGGGGCGCAACUUGAACCCCUCCAAGCUGCUCCCCGCCCUCGUCACCUGCGACGAGAACCAGGCGGGAGAGGCCAUUCGCUACCUGGAGUUCGCCAUCCACUCUCUGAACUGUCAGCAGCAGGCCGUCCACAACUACUUGCUGUCCUUGUACGCCUGCCACAAGCCGGAUAAGCUGAUGCACUACCUCGCUGUGCAAGGCCAGGACGCCCUGAUGAUCCACUACGACGUGCACUACGCCCUGCGCCUGUGCCGCGAGCGGGGGCUGGCCCAGGCGUGCGUGCAGCUGUCGGCGCUGCUGGGGCUGUGGGAGUCCGCGGUGGACCUCGCCCUCACGGUCAGCGUGGACCUGGCCAAGCAGACCGCCAGCAUGCCGCAGAACGACACGGAGCUGCGCAAGAAGCUGUGGCUCAAGAUAGUCACUCGUUCCACACACCUCGCGGGGCCGCACCUCUGGCGCAACUCUCGCCGCAGCACCCCUCGUGGGUCUCCGCCGCAGGACUCCGUCGCCGCACUCCGCCGCAGCCGCCGCCGACGCACUUGCCUUCGCCGAGGAUCCACUCGACGACGCCUCGCUCGGAACUUCGCUUGGAACUCCGCCGCACCCCCGACACUAUAACCCAGUACUGAACUCUUCGCACUGGAACCUUCGUCCAAGGACUUCGCCACUCUGCCGCACCCGCGGCUUUAUCGCCCCGGAAGCUCCGCCGCGGGAAGGCUCUCGCCUGAACUCUCUCUCUGAACUCUCUCUCUCUGAACUCUCUCUCUCUGAACUCUCUCUCUCUCUCUCUCUCUCUCUCUCUCUCUCUCUCUCUCUCUCUCUGAACUCUCUCCUGAGUUUUUAUAUGUCAGCCGCCAUUUCUGUAACUCACGAGCGCGGCCGGGGCCAGUCGCGUCAUUCCGCGCCGACCCGACGGCAGAAAUCUCUCGAAACACGUGUCGGCGGCUCGCGUAACUCCGCAGCUGUCAGGUUUCAGUUACGUGUCAAAGACAUGGCGCCGCGCGGGGAGUGGUGGGAAGGAGGGGGGAAAGCCACAAUCCUUGUUAUCUUCCAGGCGCGCGCGGCACAUAUCAUAUUGCGGCAGCCGCCAGCCAGCUCUGCACUUGCACGUGUCCCGGCUUUGUUCAUGUUCGUAACAAUACGUUCAAACAGAUGUGAUAUUUUUCAUAUUAUGUGAGUUACAGUGAUUUUUCUGUUUUUCAAAAACCUUCCUCAUUUCUACCCCUUUGGUCGGAUAUUGCCUAUUAACAAACUUGGCCGAGAUUUUCCACUACUAGGUUUUAUGUAUCAGUUUGGAAGUGUUUGUGAAAAAUUGUGACAGUUAUCAUGUCCACAAAAUUUAGACAGAGCUUCAAAGCAAAUUCAAUCAUUUAAAUACUAAUAGCACCACCUAAACAUACAAAUCACAGACAUUUUGAUGUUCUGGAAUUGGCUGUAAUUUCUUCAAAAUAUUUGGCUUCAGACAAAUUAUUUGCUUCUUAAUUUAAAUUGUCUGCCCAACUAUCAAAAUGGCUCAAGUGCUGUCACCACCAUUGACUCAAGCCCGAAUAAAAUUGUGGUUAGUCCUCAAGCAAAUAGUUGCUAUACACAACAUGCACGUAAAUUAUAACUAUUAUAAAAAAAAAUUCUUCAUAUAUUAGGUAUUUACAACGAAAUGUAUUUAUAAUUCCUAACAAUUAAUUAUUUCAGUACUUAUUUAGUGAAAUAAGUUAUUAGCCAGGCAGAUACAAAAAAUAUUUCCGUCCAGAAGUUAACAAGCCAUCAUAAGUAUGUAGCCUAUGUUGUGUAUUUAUUCAUCGUGAAUAUAUCACAUUGUAUUAUAAGUUUAUUAAAAAAAGCAGAUUAAUCAUAAAUUUAAAAAAAAAAUGUUUCAAGUAGUGAGAGAUAGUUUUAUUGUUCAAGUAAUUCUCCCCAUCCUUCCCUUACCCACAAUUUAUAAAAGUAGGUAUUGAAAUUGUACUAAAGUUGUGCUGUGGAUUCCAACCUC